CCUUUCACAGUCUUCACAAACGCUCCUCUGCUCCUGAAUCGUCACCUCAGCUGCCUGUCUGUUGUGUUCAGGAUGGGACAUCUCAGUCUGGUCACUUUGCUAGCAGUGCUGUUCUCCAUUUUUAUGGAAACUGAAGCAAAUCCGUUUGUUUACAACUAUGAACGGCUAAGAAUAGGAGGCCUGGUCUUUACCUGCUUGCUGAUAGUUGGCGCAAUCCUCCUUUUAACCUAUAAUCGCUGCAGCAGAAAAUCCAGUGGAAAAACGAAUAAUGACAGUGAUAUCUGAUCGUGCUCCUGACAAACCAGUUCAGGAAGAGGAGCUGGGAAGCGGCUGGCCGGCGGAGAGACAAUGGUGGGAAGAACAUCAGCUCAGAAGAUCAGGCAUAACCUGAACAGACAUAAAAAAAAAAAAAAAUCAGCAAUCAGAAACCCCAAAUUUAUAUUUUUGAAACAGCACCAUGGGUAAUCAGCCAUGUGUCAUGGUUUAAACUUGUUGAAUCUAAAUAGCCUAUGUGACAUUUACCCCCAACACAAGACUUUAUUUUGUCUAGAUUAAAUGUCUAUUUAGUAACUAUUCCCAUCGAUGUAAACAUUGAUUGAUUAGACAGCAUUGUAUUUUUGCUCUUUCAUAGACAUCACUACAAUGUCGCACUAAAAUCAUGCAGAAUAAUUAUAAGCUUUAUGAAACAGUACCAAUUGCAAUAAGGUGAUAUGUGAUCAGUUACAGAUGCAUUUAGUGAUAUUUGUCCAAGUAUUUAAAGCAUUUGGGAAACAAAUGUCACCAGCUUCUAAUUCUAAUAAACAUCUAUGAUAAAAGUGAA